CUAUCAAGAGAUCAUGUCUCAAUCAGGCAAUAUGGAAAAGGAACUGUCACCCGAACUGAAGACUGCCAUGGUGACCGGAGCUACUGGAAUAUUGGGUCAAGCAACAGUCAAGAUGUUGUUAUCGGAAGGUUUUAGGGUGGUUAUUCAUGAUGUCAACGUGGAGGCCUUGAAUACUUUUGUAGACAGUCUCGGAAACUUGGCUUCGAGAACCAAGUGCUAUCCCAUUUGCUUCGAUGCAAGUAAGCCGGAAUCGGUAUUAGAGGCUUGUAAAAGAAUUGGAGAAGAGUUUGGUCCCGUGUAUGUAUUAAUUAACAAUAAUGGAUUUCUAUCCAACACAGGAGUAUUGGAUACCACACCUAAAGAGUGGAGGAGAAUAUUUGCUCAGAAUGUAGAUUCUGCUUUUCUAGUUUCUAAGGAAUUGUUGCCGCAUAUGAAAAGUAAAAAGUUUGGAAGAAUUAUCAACACUUGUUCUUUAGCAGGAAAGACGGGAGGAGUCAAUGCGGGUAUUGCUUAUUCCACGUCCAAAGGUGCAUUACAGACACUUACUUUUGGACUUGCCAGAGAAAGUGCACGAGAUGGAAUAACGGUCAAUGCUAUUGCACCGGCAUAUCUUCGAACACCCACUUUGGAACAUUAUCCACCAGAAAUAGUGGAAAGACUAUUGGAAACUAUUCCAGUAGGAAGAUUUUGUGAACCAGAAGAGUAUGCGCAUACAGUUCGUUUUCUUAUUUCUCCACUUGCAGGAUUUAUUACGGGAGAAGUGAUAGAUAUGAAUGGUGGUUUACUGAUGGAUUAGGAAGAAUAGGUUGAUAUAGUUGUUGGUAACAUUCGGAUAUGCUUCCUUUGACAAGAAAAUCUUCCGUAAAGCGUUGCUUUGUCGGUAUGGGAAUGAACACUAUUGUGCUUAU